AUGCACGUAUUUGUUACGGGCGCCACCGGCUUUGUUGGCCAAGCUGUUGUUCAAGAGCUGCUCGAUGCUGGCCAUACGGUCACCGGACUUGCUCGCUCAGAGGCGUCAGCUUCGGCUUUACAACAGAAAGGUGCCGCGGUAGUUCAUGGCUCUCUUGGAGACAUAGAUUGCUUGAAGAACGCAGCAUUCAAGGCCGACGGUGUCAUUCAUCUUGCUUUUGAUCAUGAUUUUAGCAAAUUUGCAGAAAACGCCAAAGCUGAGCGCACCGCCCUUUUCGCCAUGAUCGACGCCCUCGCGGGUUCCAACAAGCCUUUGGUUUUCACCUCAGGAACCAUGUCUUUGGUCAAGGGAGAGAUGGGCACAGAAAAUAGCACACCAGAGAUCAACACGCCAUUCAGCGCCCGCACUGUUACAGAGCAAGAGGCACUGGAUCUUUCGACUAAGGGUGUGCGUGUAUCUUGCGUUCGUCUGUCAGUCACCACCCAUGGCGAAGGAGAUAAAGGAUUUGUGUGGCAAAUCGCCGACUUUGCACGUGCCAAUGGUCAAUCAGUUUAUGUUGGCAACGGUCUUAACCGAUGGCCUGCUGUUCAUCGCCGCGACGCGGCCAGUUUGUUCCGUUUAGCUCUUGAGAAGGGUGCUGCAGGGAAGAGAUAUCACGCUGUUGCUGAAGAGGGUAUUCCGAUGAAGGAUAUUGCGGAGGCUAUCGGAAAGUCCACGGGUCUUCCGACUGUUUCUCAGGACUUUGAGGCCGCUUCGAAGCAUUUUGCUGGCUUUCUGGUUUACCCUGUCAGUGCCGACAAUCCGGCUUCCAGCAAGAAGACACGCGAGCAGUUGGGAUGGUCACCCUCUGAGCCAUCUCUUCUUGCAGAUAUCGAGGCAGGGGCUUAUAAUUAG